UUCCUCGAGCUCUUUGUUCAAUUAUCAGGAAGUAAAUACUGAAUUUUAAAUUUAUGUUUACGUAUAAAAAAAGUGGUCAUCUAUUGUUGAAUUCCUUUAAAUGUUUUCGAUUAUAACGCUAUUUCUAUAUCUCUGCAUGAGUUGAGACACCUAAUGCCUCUCAUUUAAAUAUACCUUACUUUCUACGUAUAUACACCUGGAUUCACCCUUAUAGCUUGGCAAUUCUAGAUCGUGUGAAUUUAAAACCCCCUUAUUAAUCUCCGACCGAAAGUAUACACAGUGUAACAUCUCAAGACCUCUGACGUGGUCAAACUUUAAAUGGGCUGGCUGCUAAAACCGCCGUCAAUUUUACUUCCUGGAUUUUGAAGUGAAUCUUUGUCAGUCGUCCCUACAUGUACGACAUGGGUAGAAGCGCUGUGUGGUUUUACUGUGUCGGUGGAAUAUUUUUGAUUUUACAUGUUGCCUAUGCUUAUGAAAACAUAGCUUUAAACAAGCCUGCCACUCAACAGUAUCCUUAUCUUGGAAAUCUGAAUUGGGGAGCAGAUAAAGCUGUGGAUGGGAAGUAUACUAGGCGGUCAGCUGUCGGGGGAGAGUGUACGAUAUCUGGCGUAAACCAACGAACAGCAACCUGGUGGGUGGAUCUAGGAAGUGUACUCAGUAUACAUCAUAUAACUAUCUACUAUAGGACGGACGAUAUCACAUGGGACGCAACCAACGGUUACACAAACAGAUUCCUUGGCUUCUCGGUUUACAUAUCGAACACCACCAACAAAGGUGACGGUGUUCAAUGCUUUAAGGACACAAUGUACACCACGGCUACAAUACCGAAUACCACUACAAUACCAUGUAUAAAACAUGGACGAUAUGUCAUCUACUACAAUGAGAGACUCCAAGGAGUUCCCUACCCUGCUGGAUAUUCUACUUAUGCAUUUAAUGAACUCUGUGAACUUCAGGUUUAUGGAUGCCCUACGUCAGGUGUUUAUGGACAAAACUGUGAUAUACCGUGUCCACAGAACUGCCAAGAGAGACAUUGUAACAUUGUUAAUGGGACGUGUCUUGGAUGUGUUGCUGGAUACAAAGGAUUACGGUGUGAAGAACAAUGUGAUCCCGGUACAUAUGACCUUGAGUGUACUAAAACCUGUGGUAACUGUAGUGACGGGGACCAUUGUAAUCACGUGAACGGAAGUUGUCCAAACGGAUGUGACGUUGGUGCUCAAGGAUAUACCUGUGACGAAGUCUGUUCAUUUGGUAGACACGGAAAGAAUUGUGUAGAGUUCUGUAACUCAACCUGUAGAGGAGGCUGUAACAGAUUCACCGGUGUCUGUGAGUCUGGGUGUAUCGCUGGAUGGAAGGGAGACUUCUGUGAAAACAAAUGUGAUAGACGGAUGUACGGUGAAAAAUGUAAUACUUCAUGUGGCUUCUGUUUGAAUCUGGAACAAUGUCACCACAUAAAUGGGACAUGUUUAAAUAGAUGUGACAGAGGGUUUCAGGGAGACAAAUGUACUGAAGAAUGUAUUGAAGGACGUUAUAGCUACAACUGCAAUGAAACAUGUAAUGUGAACUGUGGAGUCCCUGGUAGAUGUGACAGAGUUACAGGGAAAUGUCAAGGGGGGUGCCAGGCGGGGUGGAAAGGCAAAAAAUGUAACAAGAAAUGCAAUGAGGGUAAAUUCGGACAAAACUGUGCUCAGUCAUGCGGGGUUUGUCUUGAUAAAGAACAAUGUCAUCACAUUAACGGGGCAUGCUUGAAUGGAUGUGACAAAGGAUAUCGAGAAAUAAACUGUACUAAAGAAUGUAUUGAAGGACAUCAUAGCUACAACUGCAAUGAAACAUGUAAUGUAAACUGUGGAGUCCCUGGUAGAUGUGACAGAGUGGCAGGGGAAUGUCAAGGGGGGUGUCAGGCGGGAUGGAAAGGCAAAAAAUGUGACAAGAAAUGCAAUGAGGGUAAAUUCGGACAAAACUGUGCUCAGUCAUGCGGGGUUUGUUUUGAUAAAGAACAAUGUCAUCACAUUAACGGGACAUGCUUGAAUGGCUGUGAUAGAGGUUACCGAGGAAUCAACUGUACUGAAGGGUGCGCUUGGGGAUUCUAUGGUUACGGUUGUAAUGAAACUUGCAAGACAACUUGUUCCAACAGAACCUGUGACGCUAUAUCAGGUGCAUGUCCACAGAUGAUUGGCCCUGAUCUACCAGACAUCGACGCCGCCCCAAUUAUUGGAGGGGUCGUGGCUGUAAUUAUUGUGUGUCUGGCUGCUGUCGUUAUUGUUAUUGUUUUCAGAAGACUCAAAAGGUAUAAACAAGAACACCAACAACACCGCCACACAAGGAGUCAACAACAACGAGACAGAGAAAAUUUUAACUUGAACAGCCACAUAAACGAUAAUAUGGAGAUGAAAAUAAAUCCUGUUCUUAAGCCAGAAAAGCAGAAGCCAACAUUAAAAACCACAAAUGAAAGGAAAUAUGACAAUAGAAAUUACGACACUGAUGACGAAGGCAUCGAGAAUCCCUAUGGUGAUUUGUUUAUAAAUGAGGAAACCGUACAGGAUAUUCCGGUAAAUCAACUCGAAAACGUCAUUGCGGAGAAAAGAAAGGACGAAGAGGAGGGAUUUAAACGAGAAUUUGCCAUGUUGCCACAUGGAGAACAACAUAAGUGUGAUGCUGGAAAAUUGCCAGAGAACGUAACAAAAAACAGAUACAAAACAACGUUCCCUUACGACCAUUCAAGAGUUAUUUUAAAAGUCACCAAUGGAAACUCAGACUAUAUUAAUGCCAAUUUUAUAAAGGGAACGGAUUCAGAGGGGGAAUACAUAGCUUCACAAGGUCCAAAACAAAACACACUGAGCGAAUUUUGGGCGAUGACGUGGCAAAAAAAUGUGACACAGAUUGUGAUGCUUACAAACCUAAAAGAGAGAGCUAAGAUAAAAUGUACACAGUAUUGGCCUGAAGAAAUGAAAGCAAUAGCUUUUGGAAACAUUAUUGUGAAAUCCACUGAAGUUAAAGAAUACGCAUUCUACAUCAUCAGGAAGUUGUCAGUUACACACAAGGAGCUCAAAAAGUCACGUGUUGUUAUACAGUAUCAUUACACUACCUGGCCCGAUCACGGCACGCCCGAUCCGUUUUGUCUGCUUAUUUUUCACAAUCACGUGACAAGAACACGGACCAAUCACGAGAAUUCAUCAACUGUUGUCCAUUGCAGCGCGGGGAUAGGAAGAACUGGGACAUAUAUAGCACUGGAUGCCUUAUACAAGACUGGGAAAGUAACGGGCAAAGUCAAUAUCGCAGAAUAUGUAAAGACCAUGAGAGCUAACAGAAUGAACAUGGUCCAAACCUAUGAACAAUAUAUGACAGUUUUCCUGUCUCUGAACGAAGCUUUCAAAGCCCCCGUAGAGGCACAGACUGUUUCUGAAUUUACCCAGAAAGCAGAACAACUGACAAGAGACACGACAGCAAAUCAUGCCGCUAUCAGAAAAGAGUUCGAGUUGUUGAUGGAAGUUCGACCAGUUUAUACUCAAGCUGAUUAUAAAAUUGCCAAGCAACACAAUACAGACAAAAGCGGAAAAGCAAUAUUACCACUUGACAAGUACAGUUUGUUCUUAACUUCUUCAAUUCCAAAACGUGGCAGCUUCAUCAACGCAAUCAACAUUUCAUCGUACACAAGAGAGGGCGCAUUCAUAGUGACGAAAUAUCAACCACCAGAUGACGCUGUCGACUUUCUGCGGCUGCUAGUUGAUCACGAGUCUGACACUGUCAUCUGCAUGAAUCCUUUAAGUGAAAUUGAAUCGACUAAAGCAUGGAUGGCGGAUCCCGCCUCCUCAAGAUCCGCUCCUCCCUUUGCUGUACAGUAUGAAACACACAGAGAUACGGAUGUUAAGACAACGACGUUAAAGAUAGGGAAAGACGAGGAAACACAUACUGUAACAAUAGUAGAGCCCAAAGGAUCACUGAAGACAUCCGGAACCUCUCAUGACACAUCGUCUCUCAGAAGCUUAAUUUUUUAUGCUCAGAAUAUUUCCUCAGAAAGACCAAUUACAGUUAUCAGCAAAGACGGAGCAACAUUGUGUGGUGUUUUUUGUUCUGUAUAUAACUUGAUACAACAGCUCACUUUGGAUGAAAAUGUUGACGUAUUUACUGCUGUCCGACUUUUACAGAAAAGGAGACCAGAAUUCUGUUCAACACAGGACGAAUACCUGUUGAUCUACAGAACUGUAUGUGACUACAUUGGGACUACAUCUGAAAACGUUUACUACAACCAGUAAUAAUAGCAAUUAUUGCGUCGACUACUCACUCAACAAUUGAAUGAAGUUUAUUUUAGAAAUAUUGAAUUGAUGAGUUUUUGCUUGUACUUCUUAAGAUACGAGGGUUGUUAGAAAAGUUCGGGGACACAUUCAAUUUGGGAAAAUCUAUUGUGUUCUGUGAAGUAUGACCUAUGUCUGAACAAAUCCCUACAUUUUGUUUAUAAGUAUGUAAAAAAUCAGGUUCUUUUACUAAAAUCUUGAAAAUUUACAAUAAUUGUUACUACGAGGUUAUGGGAUUCACAGAGCAAUCACAUGACGUAAGGCGACGUGACA